GACGAAGCAGGUCGGGCCUGAGCGGAGGAACGGCUGGUGUCAGGGUCGACCCGGGCUGCACGAGACUGUUCGGUGGGCUCGUUUAAUCAAACAGCACGAUGGACCUCUCAUCUCUCCUUCACGACCUCCGUCUUUCCUCGUCACCAUCAGAGAAGCCCCACCCCUCUCCCCCUCUUCCUCCAAUCACAGAGCUCCUCUCUUGGCUGCAGAAGAAGCUGAUUGGUGCAGCUGAUAAACCCUCUGAGAGCAGCUCCCUGAUUGGUCAAGUGGCGCAGCUCUUUAAAGCAGCAGAUCCUGAUUGGCUGUUCUCUCUGGCGCCAGAUGAUCAGAACAGCGGGUGGGAGGAGCUGCAGGUGGCGUACAGCUCUGUGAUCAGCGCUCUGAUUGGCUGUGCAGCUCUUCCUCUCUGUGAGAACGACAGCAGCUCUCUGAGUGCUGAGGCCUAUCGCAGUGUCCCAAGUCAAGCCGCCGCAGUAAGCUCCGCCCUCACAGCACUGCUGGAACACUGGGACAAAGGGGGAAGGGCCAGAGGAAAAGUGACAAAGUUAGUCUUCAUUGUGGCUCCACCCAUCUGCGUGUUCUCCAUCACACAUUUUCAGCUGCAGGAUCAGGUGUGGACCAGUGCCGCCUCCAGGACAGCAGCUCGGCGCCUUCAUGAGGCGCUGCUGAGGGCUGGCGGCUGGACAGACUCCGCCCACCUCCUGAUGGGAGACAGAGGGAUUCUGGGAGGAGUCCUGGACCUCCUGCAGCCUCAGCUCACCAAGGACUCGUGGCAGCGCUGUGAGGCCAUGAAGCUGGUGUUUGUUUGGACCCUCCUGCAGGUGACCCGCCCCUUCCUGUCCCCCCACCUCCCCCUCCUCCUCCCCCCCUCCCUCCUGCUCAAUGACCACUACAAGCCGGAGAACUGCAUGCUGGGAGUUCGCUGCCUGCACCACAUCGUGCUGAACACGCCCGCUGCAGAUCUUCGUCAGUUUAACAGAGCGGAGGUUCUGUAUCAGGCUCUGUUCAAACACCUGUACACGAGCGAAGCAGCUGUCAUCCAGCUCGUCCUCUCCUGUCUCCUCGACUUGCUGCUCGUUUUGGAGAAACCCCCCUCUUCGCUCGGCCCCUCCUGCUCGCGCAGGAAGCCCUGUCGCCAUGACGAUGUGCUGCGUCUGGUCCUGACCCACAUGGAGGCGGAGCAUAAGGUGGCGUUGCGACGUGUUUACGUCUCGGCCCUGCCGCUCUAUGUGGAGAGGAUGGGCGUGUCUGUGUGCAGACACCUGCGGCGGGUGGAGCGGGUGGUGCUGGGAUACCUGGAGGUCAGAGAUCCACCGGAGGAGACGAGCCGGCUGAAGAUCCUGGAGGUUCUGCAGAGAACCACCAGAGAGGCGUGGCCACGGAUGGAGCGUCGCGUCGACGCCUUCCUGCCGUCUUUGUUGCGUCUGCUGGUCGACGUCUCGUCAGACUCCAGCCUCGGCGAUCCGGUGCGACGGCAGCUGAUGGAUCAGAGCUCCGCCUCCAUCCGCCUGCUGGACGCCUGUUCACACGGCCGUGUUCAGCGUCUCCUGCAGCGGGUCGACGACAGCUGCUGUGGCGCUGAGGUUCUUGGUUGCCUGGCAACAGCAGAGAGGUCACCUGUCACACCUGGAGGCGGAGCUCUGGGACAAACUGAUUCUUGAGAAGAACCACGGGGACUGACCACAGACCCAGUGGUUCUGAUGUGGACACGUCUCAGUGGACCUGCAGGACCAGAACUGUUAGUUUUUUUUUAAUUGUGUGAUUGGGUCUGGUUCUAAAGGUUCUGUUCUUUGACCCGUCCAGAUUU